AUGAUUGGGGGGCGGAUUCUUGGGCAGCCUAGACAGAUUGCGUUUCAGGUUUGGGAUGCGUGGACUGUCGGGUUGAUGCGGGAGGAGUAUCGUGGUGAGAUUGUUCGGCGCAUUGAGGGAGCGUCCUUGGAAGAACUUGCGGGAAAGUGUGUGGAGGUUGGACUUGUUGAUCCUGGACGGUUUGUAGAGUGUGGUAGGGAGUAUAAUGCUUCUGUUGAAGAUGCGGAUGGGCAGAAGAGGUGGGAUCCUGCUGUUAAGGAUGGGCUUGGGACUACGGGGCUGGCGAUUCCGAAGUCGAAUUGGGCUUUGCCGAUUGAUAACCCGCCUUUUCUAGCUAUUCAGGUUACGGCGGGUAUCACGUUUACUUUUGAUGGAUUGGCUGUGAAUCCGGAAACUGCGGCGGUUAUUUCGGAGACGAAUAAGGAGAUUCCUGGGUUGUAUUGUGUGGGUGAGAUACUUGGAGGCAUCUUCUAUGAUAACUACCCUGGUGGAAGUGGAUUGACUUCUGGGACUGUAUUUGGGCGUCGUGCUGGUCGACCAGCAGCGGAGCGAGUUGCAAGCAGCAGGCUAGAACAGUUGUGA